GUUUGAGAGGUGGGCAGAACGGGGAAGGUUCGCGCAUCCGGAUCUCGUGUUCGACAUCAUGUGCACGAGUUUGCGCAUGGUGGGGAAGAAGCUGACGCUGAAGAUCGAGGAGACGCAGGAGGGUGCGUGGUGCAAACGGUACCAUGAGCAUGCGAAGCAUGGGAUGCCGUGUUAUAGGGAAGUUGCUUAUAGUGACAGGCUGCGGGAGAAAGAGUUUGAAGUGGACGAUGUGAAGCUGAAUGGGGUUGACGAAAGUCGGGCUAAGAGGGUGAGGUUCGGCGAUGAGGAUGUGGAUGCGGAGGGUGAGUCUGAGGAGGAGUAGAGGUCUUGAGCUUAGCUGGUAGUCAGCAUAUGAGUGGUUCC